UUUUAGUAUCCAUUUCUUAACAUUCAGUAUUUUUCUAUAUGAUCAUAAUCCCACAUAAGUGUGACUUUGAAUACGGAAUAUGCAUCGUAUCUGAUCAAACUGUAAUUAUGACUAAUCCACCGAUACUAAGCUGUUUUCUGUCAUUAGAUGAAGGAGGCUGGAGCUCUUGGAGUGACUAUGGUCCGUGUUCUAAGUCAUGUAGUUACGGCUAUCAGUCCAGGUCAAGGAAAUGUAAAAAUCCGUCAUUCGACAGAAGGGUUUGUCAAGGGCCUUCAAUGGAACAGCAGCGAUGCAAUGAGCACGUGCCAUGCCCUGGUAAUUUUAGAAUGCUAGCUGCUGCCGUGCAACCGUCUGAAGGCACAUGGACAGCUUGGGGUGCAUACAGCAAGUGUAGUAAAUCUUGUGGGGGAGGAAUGCAAUCUAGAAUCCGCAUAUGUGUAAACCCGUCUCAUCCUUUCGGCCACAAAACAUGUAAAGGGGCUUUCAGACAGCGGCGACCUUGUAACGUGCAACAUUGUCCAGUUGAUGGUGGUUGGACUUCAUGGGGACAGUACGGCUCUUGCAGUAAAAGCUGCGGCGGAGGAGUACAAUACAAACGUCGAAAAUGCAAGAACCCUCCACCCAAAAAGGGCGGUAAACACUGCACAGGACCAUCUACACUGUCUCGUGACUGUAACACACAAACAUGUUCUGUUGAUGGUCAUUGGUCUCCAUGGGGACAGUACAGCCAAUGUACCAAGAGUUGUGGAGGAGGCUCACAGUACAGAACCAGAAUUUGCGAUAACCCGGCACCCUCAAGCGGAGGUAAACACUGUACUGGACCAUCUCAACAAACAAACGUGUGCAAUACCCAAGGGUGUCCUGUUGAUGGUCAUUGGUCUCCAUGGGAACAAUACAGCCAGUGCUCCAAAAGUUGUGGAGGAGGCUCACAGUAUCGAAUGAGAGCCUGCAAUAACCCAGCACCCUCCAGCGGUGGCAAACGUUGUCUUGGACCAUCUCAGCAAUCAAACGCGUGCAAUACCCAAGGGUGUCCUGUUGAUGGUAAUUGGGGACCCUGGAGUAUGUUCGGACGGUGUACAAAGACUUGCGGAGGCGGUUUGAAGUAUAGAAACCGAAAAUGCAACAACCCUGCACCGGCAAGUGGUGGAAAAAGCUGUCAAGGGCCAUCACUCCAGGCUCAGCACUGUAACACACAAGCAUGUGCCAUUGAUGGUCAUUGGUCUCCAUGGGAGCAGUACAGCCAGUGUUCUAAGAGUUGCGGAGGAGGUUCACAGUACAGGCGAAGAACCUGCGAUAACCCAGCACCUUCUGGUGGUGGAAAACAAUGUCCAGGGCCAUCUCAACAAACAAACCAUUGUAAUACACAAGCAUGCGCUGUCGAUGGACAGUGGUCCCGGUGGAGCAUGUACGGAAAAUGUUCUGUAACUUGUGGAGGAGGGUUCAAGUACAGAAGUCGGAAAUGCGACAAUCCUGCACCGGCUAGUGGAGGAAAAAACUGCCGGGGGCCAUCUUUUCAAUCAGUAGUCUGCGAGACACAAGCUUGUCCAGUAAAUGGUAAGUGGUCCUCGUGGAGCAAGUACGGUGUAUGUAGCGUGACAUGUGGAGGGGGAUCUCAAUAUAGAAGUCGCAAGUGCGAUAAACCAGCUCCAGCAAAUGGUGGUAAACCUUGUGUUGGACCAAGCCAGCAAUCACGGAGCUGCAAUUCGCAACCUUGUAAAACUGAUGCGAACUGGUCCAAGUGGAGCAAGUACGGUCCAUGCAGCAAGCCAUGCGGUGGAGGAUCUCAAUACAGAAGCCGAAAGUGCGAAAACCCAACAUUCGCGUACAAUGCCAGAGAUUGUGUGGGAUCGAACCGAGAAUCACGGAGAUGCAAUACACACCCCUGUAAAGUUGAUGGUCACUGGUCCUCUUGGAGCAGGUACGGUAGGUGUAACAGACGAUGUGGAGGAUACCAAUACAGGAGCCGAAAGUGUAACAAUCCAGCACCAGCAAACGGUGGAGCAGACUGCGAAGGACCAAGACGAGAAUCUCGGAGAUGUAAUUCGUACCAUUGCCGUGUUGAUGGUGGUUGGUCGUCUUGGGGUCCUUACAGCAAAUGUAGCCGCACUUGCGGAUCAGGAGGCAGGCAAACAAGAAGACGCACAUGUUCACAUCCAGCUCCCUCAUAUGGUGGCAGACCGUGCCGAGGAUAUUCCCAUCAGACCAGAAGAUGCGGAAGCCGAGUUCCCUGUGAAAAGACUUGCAGAGACGAGCGAAGUCACGGCUACUGUAAAUACGUCUUGAUGAGUUAUAGAUGCGGACGGUAUUACAGAUCUUGCAGAAAAACCUGCGAUGCAUGCCAUUACUAUUCUGGUUAGAUGAACCCCUCAUAGCUGAGCAGUUAACAG